AUUUUAAUGACUUUAAUGACUUUUUAGUUAAUUAUUUCAGACUUCAUCGUUUCGUCAAUAUUCAACUCCAGUGGUAAACUCUCACAAUGACUGGGAUCCUCUAGAAGAAGUUAUUGUUGGUAGGGCAGACAAUGCAUGUAUACCAGUACUUACACCAGAAGUAAAAGCUUGCACAGGUGAAACACAGUGGGACUACUUAAGAAAGCAUGGCGGGCAAAAAUACCCUCAGGAGUUAAUCAAUAAGAUGAACGCGGAAGUCGAAAUACUUUGUGAUAUUUUGCGCCAGGAGGGCGUUAUUGUCAGACGCCCCGAUAUCGUCGAUCAUCAAAAAGAAUUUAGUACACCAGAUUUUACUUCAAUUGGAUUGGAAGCAGCUAUGCCUCGUGACUUUCUUUUAGCCGUCGGAAAUGAAUUAAUUGAAUCACCUAUGGCAUGGAGAAACCGUUUCUUUGAAUAUCGUGCAUACCGAACAUUAAUAAAGGAAUAUUUUUCGAGAGGUGCUAAAUGGACAACGGCACCAAAAGCUACUAUGUCAGACGAGCUGUAUGAUCCAGAAUAUCAAAUAAAAUCUACGAAGGACAGACAUGAAUUAGCAGCUCAGGGUAGAUUUGUGACAACUGAAUACGAGCCAUGCUUCGAUGCCGCUGAUUUUAUGAGAGUUGGAAAAGAUAUUUUCGUGCAAAGAAGCCAGGUGACAAAUAUGAUGGGUAUUGAAUGGAUGAGGCGCCAUCUUGGUGAAAAGUAUAACCUUCAUGUUUUGUCCUUCUCGCCUCCAGGUAGCAUGCAUAUUGACGCAACAAUUAACACAGUUAGAGAAGGCUUAGUGAUCGUUAACCCUGACAGGCCAUGCAAUGAGCUAGAUAUCUUUCAAAAAGCAGGCUGGAAAAUAGUGGAAGCACCUAGACCUGCUAAACAUGACUCGCAUAUUUUGCGGAUAAGUAGCCCUUGGAUAAGUAUAAAUGUGUUAUUGUUGGAUGACAAAAGAGUAAUCGUGGAGAGUUCGGAAGUGCCAACACAGAAAAUGUUUGAAUCACUUGGUUUUACCUGCAUUAAAGUAAAUAUGGAGCAUGCUAAUGUCCUAGGAGGAAGUUUUCACUGCUGGACAUGUGACGUAAGAAGAACAGGAGAAUUGAAGAGUUAUUUUUAGAUUCGUCAUUUUUUUUUGACUUAUUUAACAUACCAGUUAAUUAAAAAAGAUAUGGAGUGAGAGAUGAGUGUUUUUUUUCAUAUGUCAAGGAUUUUCUGUUUACAUUUAUAACAUAUGUAACAUUUCUGUUCCAGUGUAAGAUAAAUUGUGUCAUUUAUUUUGGUGUUUUUUUCUUUAUCUCUUACAUAACUUGGGUACCAUUGCAAUUGCGACAGUUAAAAAAAUUUUGUAGCCAUAAUGGUCAUGAACUUCUAAAAAAACUGUGGCUUUUUUAAUGGUGACCAAGCACGUAGUAUUGUAUGCUGCGCUUAAUAUCCAGGUCUUGAUUAAAAUUAGCUUGUUUGCUGUUAACAUAAGCCUUUUCCAAUGCAACAAAGGACUCCAAUGAGGAAAUAAAAGUGUGCCAAAGUAGGGACUUGAAAUCGCCAAAAACAAUGUCGACUCUAAGUGAGAUUUCGGAGGUGACGAAAAUUUAGGCUAUAGCGUCUUCGUUUUUCUUUAAUUUUUUGCACAUCAUACAGUUUUGAUAUGUUGUGCAAAAUAUUUUACUUUCGACAGCAUUUUCUGCUGCAGAGUAUGCUACCCAAGAAUCUUUCAUAAAAAAAUUCUUAUUGUUGAAAAAUAUGAAUGCUUUGUGCUUCCCAUGUGCCAAAUCUUUCUGAAAAAACAUGCAUUAGCAUUUUGUGAUUUAAACUCUCAUUUUAAAGGUGCAUAAACAUAUAAAAAUGCGGUAAAACUCUAUUAUAAAGUUCAAUGACAUCUUCAUGUGCACACAUAACACCUUCUCACCAUCUUUUAAAUCUUUUUUCAAAGCAUGUAAUUUAACACCCUUGCAAUCAAAUCUUGUUCAACAGAAGCAGAUUGACCAGGUAACAAAUUAGUAACAAUUUCUGCCCAUUCUGGGUUCAAGUUAAAGUUAAGGUAAUCCACCAGUCCUUGUUAGGACUCUGUUCGAAGCUUGUUUUGAUUUCGACACAUAAAGGCCCUUGGCCUUACAACUGGGUAAGCCUAUGUCUAACUACAGUUGCAUGCUUCCUGACAUGGGCCAUUUUUUGGUCUCAAGUAGGCUCAUCGCUAGGUAAUAAAAUGAGAGACAUCAUCACAAUCAAUAUUGCACAAUAUAUAAGGAUUUUGCGGCAAAGAUUAACAUAUAUCCCAAAACUGGGAGGUCUAUAGCCUGCUGGUGGUCUAAAGUUUGCCGACGAAAAAGCAAAACUAAAUUCAUUACUAUAUACCCUAAUAUACUUUUUUACUUGAGAAGAAUUGCUGCUUAAUAACUCAAGUACUUCAGUAGAAAAUUCUAUUAAGGCAGGGACAUUGUGACAACACUUAAAAUAGCUGUGAUUAUUAAAUUUAUUCCAUAAAAUUCACAUACAAUAUUAAAAGGUUUGCUCUACGCCGGGCAUUUUCUAGUGCAACAUUUUCAGUCACACGUCUUACAUUUUGUCACGAAGCAGUGUCUUCCCUACGUUGGUUAGCCUCUUUUACAGUCUUAUCCUUCCAUUACCUUGUGAAACUAAUGUUGCCUUUGCUUAUUAAUUAAUUUUUUACUUCAAUAAUAUUUUUAACAGGUUUCAAUUAUCAGUUAAAGAAGCUUCUUUCUAUAAAGUCCUGUUUGUUAAUAAAUAUCAAAAGUUAAAAACAUUAUUUAUUAUGUGUACAUUAUAAACACAGUUAAAAAUAUUAGAAAUCACAAACAAAAGAGAGAACCACAAAAACAAAAUGAAAAAAAACGCACUGGUGUCAAAUGGAAAAAGACAAGAAUUAGGGACAUAGCACAAUUGACAUACCGAACUGAUAGGUAUAUAAAAAACUACUAAAAACUCAAAUUUUAACUCAUACAAAAAAAUCUUUAACUUAACGGUAAAGUCUUUUGUGUCAAUUUCUGAACGUAUAUCAAGCGGAAGUUUAUUAUGUUAUAACAAUCACCUCAAAAUACUCUUCAAAAUUAGGAACGUUGCCUAUUAAACAUUUAUGCACGGUGGUACAGAGCUUUCUCAUCUGAUAAUUAUGAAUUGCUGCAGUGUUAGUGCUGUAUCGGAGAAUACUAUGUGCUCUGCUGUCUAGUUACUUCAACAUAUGCAUUCUGUAUGGCUAGUGGAAGUAAUUUGUAAAUGAACAUUAUGUUUUGCUCGGUUCGAUCAUAGCCUGGUAGAUACACAGUGGUGCGGUAGCUAUUAGAUGAGAUCUAAUUUUACGUAACAGUCGAAGUCUCCCAUAUAUUUUCUUGUGUACAGACUUUAAAUGAUUAACCAGAGUUACUUAUAAAUCCAGGUUGAUUCUAAAUACUUGUAUCUUUCAGUAUUGUUAAAUUU